CCAAUCAGUGAACUGUGCCGAAAGCCAUCCCUCGAUUUCUCCCUGCUGCUGCUGUGCCAUAGCGGGGCUGAUGUAAAGUUGCAUUUUCCGCAGCAGAAUCACCACCUACAGUCCAUUAUUGGCGUUUCAUUUCCAUUUUUGGAAUAAAUAUUCUUCAGUUUCCACUUCUCAGCGGACUGUCGUAACACCUGGUCUGACAUGGCGACGGAGAUAACGAAAGGUGUGGAACAGGUCUCAGUGGGUGAGCUGUAUGUGUCGGACAAAUGUGGCAGUGACCAGGAUGGGGACGGCACGCAGCAGAAACCCUUCAAAACUCCUCUCAGGGCUCUGAUGUUUGCCGGGAAGGAGCCGUUUCCGACCAUCUACGUAGAGUCACAGAAGGAGGGAGAGCGUUGGGCCGUGAUCUCUAAGACGCAGAUGAAGAACGCAAAGAAGGCCUUUAACCGCGAGCAAAUGAAGUGCGAUGCCAAAGAAAAGAAGGAGGCAGAGGACACCGACAGGAGAGAGAAGAAUUUGGAAGAAGCCAAGAAAAUAGUCAUCGAGAACGACCCCAGCCUGCCUAAGCCUGAAACGGUUAAAAUCCAUCAUCUGGAAGCCAAGAGAGGGCAGAGAGUCAAAGUGUUUGGAUGGGUUCAUCGCCUCAGGAGACAAGGGAAGAACUUGAUGUUCGUGGUGCUGAGAGACGGAACUGGUUUCCUCCAGUGUGUCCUGUCUGAUCUACUGUGCCAGUGCUACAAUGGCUUGGUGUUGUCCACAGAGAGUACUGUAGCCCUGUACGGGACUAUCACUCCUGUUCCUGAGGGGAAACAGGCGCCUGGAGGCCAUGAGCUGCACUGUGACUUCUGGGAGCUGGUUGGCUUAGCUCCAGCCGGGGGGGCAGAUAACCUGCUGAAUGAAGAGUCGGAUGUGGACGUCCAGCUGAACAACCGGCACAUGCUGAUCCGAGGAGAGAACGUCUCCAAGGUCCUGCGAGUCCGAUCCACCGUCACACAGUGCUUCAGGGACCACUUCUUCAGCCGCGGCUACUACGAGAUCACUCCCCCUACCCUGGUGCAGACUCAGGUGGAGGGCGGCUCCACGCUUUUUAACCUCAACUACUUUGGCGAGCAGGCGUACCUGACCCAGUCCUCCCAGCUCUACCUGGAGACCUGCAUACCUGCCCUGGGGGACACCUUCUGCAUCGCCCAGUCGUACCGGGCCGAGCAGUCCCGCACCCGCAGACACCUGUCCGAGUACACUCACAUCGAGGCCGAGUGUCCCUUCAUGACAUUUGAUGACCUGCUGAACAGACUGGAGGAUCUGGUGUGUGACGUGGUGGACCGAGUGCUCAAAUCCCCCGCCGCACCGCUUCUCUACGACAUCAACCCCAACUUCAAAGCCCCCAAGAGGCCAUUCAAGAGGAUGGACUACACUGAAGCCAUCGAGUGGCUCAGAGAGCACGACGUCAAGAAGGAUGACGGCUCUUACUACGAGUUUGGAGAGGACAUCCCUGAGGCUCCAGAGAGGUUGAUGACAGACGCCAUCAACGAGACCAUCCUGCUUUGUCGUUUCCCAGCUGAGAUCAAGUCCUUCUACAUGCAGCGCUGUCCCGAGGACAAACGUCUCACUGAGUCGGUUGACCUGUUGAUGCCAAAUGUUGGCGAGAUCGUCGGGGGCUCGAUGCGUAUCUGGGACUCUGAUGAGCUGCUGGAGGGAUACAAGAGGGAGGGAAUCGACCCGACCCCAUACUACUGGUACACUGACCAGAGGAAGUACGGCACAUGCCCUCACGGCGGUUAUGGUCUGGGUCUGGAGCGUUUCCUCACUUGGCUACUGAACAGACAUCACAUCAGAGACGUCUGCCUGUACCCCCGAUUCAUCCAGCGCUGCCGACCCUGAACACACACUCACACACAUCCUGUUAGUAUGUGGGCCCUGGCAUGCGGCAUCACCCUGUGAGCCAUACAAUGUAUUGCUACAAUAUGAAAUAAAAUCACAAAGAAUGAUGUUGUCCUCUUGGCAGUUUUAGGUUCUGUAUCAAACCUCAGUAGUUAGAAUUUCCACGGAGAACUCCAUGUCUUCACUCAGACAGAGUUAGAUAUCACCUGCUCUGCUCUGCCUCAGAGUUCACGGCUUCAUUUUGGUUUGUCUUGAAUUGAAACCUGAAUCAGAUCAUUUCUGACUCUGCUCAUGCUCGUUGGCUGAUUUCAAAUAGAUAACACUGUUGUUUCCUGUAAUUUUCUGCAAGUCCUGGAAAGAUUUGUCUCAAAUGGCUUGAAUGCUUCUAACUAACUUUUUCCACCUUAAAUUUAGUUGUUUUUUUAACUUACUGUUUAUUUUAUUAACCUUGUCCAUAGGAAUUCGCAAUGAUGAAGUAAAAAUGUAGUCGCAGGCAUGACAAUUGUAAAGUCACAUAAUCAUAAUUUCACACAAAACCAAU